GGAUAAGCAUUCAUAUUAGAAUWAGGGGUUUUCAAAGACUUGGGUUGGCAUGGGGUUGAGGCUUACCUUUCCCGACCUAACCCGGCCCGAUCUGCACCCUCUACCAUGGUCAUAGAAAAAGCGAGGAGUGAGGGGACAGGGAACCGCUACAAGGAGAAGUGGCAAUGUCUUUCACGGUUUCGACCCAGUCUUCUCUAUUGCCACUGCUGUCAUCUUCAUUUGAUUCGGCCCAAGCGCAGAGACGUAAGGGUAUAAGAUCGGCUUCCCUUCAUUCACUCUCUUCCAUUUGCAUAAAUAACGGCAGUCUAUCGUUCCACCGCACCACUUACUUUGAUUGGAAAUGUCACCGUUCAAGGGGCAUAGUUCGUCUAGUGGCAGGCUCCGGAGCGACACCUCUGAUUGUUGAAUCGUCGAAGAAGCAGACCGAGCUCCCACUAGACACUAGCGGCGGAGAGGGUUUUGGUGGCAACAGUGGCGGCGGCGGCGGCGGCGGCGGCGGAGACGACGGUAACAACAAUCAUAGAGAAGGUAAUAAUAAUAAUAAUAACGACGGCGAAGGAGGGUCCAAUAAAGACGACAGCAAGAAGAAGAUGGCAUUUUUGAUGUCACAGAAGCUGACGCUCGGUUAUGCUGCUCUUAUCGGAGCUGGAGGUGUGAUGGGCUAUUUGAAAAGUGGAAGCCAGAAGUCUCUAGCUGCUGGGGGCUUGUCAGCUUUGCUACUGUACUAUGUUUACACUGAGCUUCCGGUGAGACCUGUUUUUGCAUCAUCCUUGGGGCUUGGUGUGUCUGCAGUGCUUUCAGGGGUGAUGGGCUCUCGUUUCAAGAAAUCUGGGAAGAUAUUUCCAGCAGGAGUUGUGUCUUUUGUUUCCCUUAUAAUGACAGGAGGCUACCUUCAUGGAAUUAUGCGCACUAUGCAUGGAUAAACCCCUGAAUCAGAGAAAGGCUCAAUUUUUGGUGUUGAGAAGUUGUUAACACUAACACUUGCAGAUUUAAAAUUCCCACUUUCUUUAGUUUGCCUAAUAAGCAUUGAAGCAAUCUGUGCUACAGUUUAAGUACAUUACUCAGAACUUUAGGUUGACCUUUUUGUUAUAGAUUGAUUCUGCAGAACUGUGCAUGCAAAAUGGAAUUUAUUCGGGAGUAUGAUUAUGUGCCUGGUGAAUUAGCUUG